GGGAACGUCCGCAGAGCUGGUCGCGUCGUCUCGUGUACAGUAGUGAUCCUCUACCGCAAUAACGAAUGAUGUUCUAACGAUACAAAAAAAAAAACACUUUCAAAUAAAAAUGUUUGUGCUAGUGGUUUGGUGCGUUCUGGUGGCGUCGGCGUACAGCAGGAGCACCGGCGGCGCCGAUCAGACGCCGCGCGGCUGCCAGUGGCGUAUGGAGCGUGCCGACGCCGACGACGAGCGCCCGGUGCUCCAUUGUCAAAUCCGCACCAUCGAGGGCGUCGAAUCGCUGGUGAGAAACCUGUCGCAGAGCGACAGCGAACGCAUCACGGACUUGCUGUUGGAGUGCAACGACGUGCUGUUCUUCGAGAGCUCGCUGGAGGCGGCCCGCCGCGGCGGCUUCCUCGGCUCGCUGAAGCACCUGGAGGAGCUGAGCGUGGAGAAUUGCAAGAUACGCGACGUGCCGGCCGGCGCGUUCGCGCAACUCCGCCGGCUGAAGAAGCUGUCGUUGAGGUCGCGCAAUUCGGAGUGGUCGGCGAUGAAUUUGGAAUUGCACGGCGACAGUUUCAGGGGAUUGAGCGACUUGAGGCGAUUGAAUUUGGCCGACAACAAUAUCUGGAGCACGCCGGAGGAGUUGUUCUGUCCGUUGUACAGUUUGACGAACUUGAAUUUGACGAGGAAUAAGUUACAGAACACGUCCGCUAUGGGAUUCUCCGAUUGGGGUAACGGCCCGUUGGCGCCCGGAAGAGCUUGCGUAAGCAGUUUAGAAUUACUAGAUUUGUCUCAUAACGAAAUUAUAACUCUAACCGAUAACGGGUUUUCGGCACUGAGGUCUUUGGAAGAGCUGCACUUAGAGAACAACGCGAUUUCUACGUUAGGCGAUAGAGCUUUAGUCGGUUUAACUUCUCUAACAUCUCUAAAUUUAUCCAGUAACUUUCUAGUCGCUCUGCCUCCGGAAUUAUUCCAAUCAUCGAGAGAAUUAAAGCAUAUUUAUUUGCACAACAAUUCCUUGAGUGUGCUAGCUCCUGGAUUGUUAGAAGGUUUAGAUCAAUUGCAAGUGUUAGAUUUAUCUUACAACGAAUUGAACAGUCAAUGGGUUAAAAGAGACACUUUUGCUGGUUUAGUGCGUUUAGUGAUACUGAAUUUGGCCAAUAAUCAACUGACCAAAAUCGACGGUACGUUAUUUAAAGACUUGUACACGUUGCAGAUAUUGAAUUUGGAGCACAACGCGAUAAAUUCGAUAGCAGAAGGUGCUUUUAUGGAGUUGAAAAAUUUGCACGCGUUAAUUCUAUCUUACAAUAAUUUGGUGCGCAUCGAAUCUUAUCAUUUCUCCGGAAUGUACGCUUUAAAUCAAUUAUUACUAGAUUCGAAUGAAUUGGAGUACAUACAUCCCAAAGCUUUCGAGAACGUUACGAAUUUACAAGAUCUGGGAUUGAACGGGAAUUUGUUGGGCACAAUUCCCGCCGGUAUCGGUCAAUUACGGUUCCUCAAAACCCUCGAUUUGGGUAAAAACCACAUAAAAUCCGUCGCCAAUUCGUCGUUCGAGGGUUUGGAGUUGUUAUUCGGUUUAAGACUGGUAGAUAAUCACAUCGUAAAUAUAUCUAGAGAUGCAUUUUCCACGCUGCCGUCGCUUCAAGUGUUGAAUCUAGCCUCGAAUAAAAUCAAGUACGUUGAACAAAGCGCGUUUUCCAGCAAUCCCACUUUAAAAGCCGUAAGAUUAGACGCCAACGAGCUAACGGACAUCAGCGGUGUGUUUACGAAUUUAAAGACUUUGAUAUGGUUGAACGUUUCGUCUAAUAAUCUGCUGUGGUUCGAUUUCAGUCACCUACCUGUGAGUUUGGAAUGGUUAGAUAUGCACGAUAAUCAAGUGCCCGAGUUGGCUAAUUACUACGACGUUAGAAACAAUUUGAAAAUUAAAAUGCUAGAUGCCAGUUACAAUUUGAUAACGGAGAUCAAGGAGAAUUCCGUUCCGAACAGCGUAGAAACGUUAUAUCUGAAUAACAAUAAGAUCAGUAAAGUGCACGUCAAUACUUUCAACAACAAAAACAACUUAGAGAAGGUCGUGUUGUACGGAAACGAACUGCGUUUCUUGGAUUUGGCGGCUUUAAAUUUGAGCCCUGUAGCCGAUAAUAAAGAUUUACCGCAAUUCUACAUAGGCGACAACCCGUUUUAUUGCGACUGCAAAAUGGACUGGCUGUUAAGAAUAAACCACCUGAGCAACCUAAGACACUACCCUCAAGUGCUCGACUUGGAUUCCGUUACAUGCGAAUUGGCGCACAACAGAGGCUCCCCGCCGCAACCGCUGCUCAAUUUGAAACAAUCGGAUUUUUUGUGUCCCUACGAGGCGCACUGCUUUCCCGUGUGCCACUGUUGCGACUUCGACGCUUGCGAUUGCGAAAUGACCUGUCCGGACCGGUGUACGUGCUACCACGACGGCACUUGGACGUCGAACGUAGUAGACUGCAGCAACGCCGGCUACGAAACGGUGCCGGAGAAAAUCCCGAUGGACGCCACUGAGAUCUACCUGGACGGUAACGACCUCGGCGACUUAGGCAGUCACGUUUUCAUCGGCAAGAAAAAAUUGGAGGUUUUAUAUUUGAACAACAGCAACGUCAAGGCGCUGCACAAUAGAACGUUCAACGGCGCGAAUUCCUUGAAAAUCCUCCACAUGGAGAACAACAAGCUGGAGGAGUUGCGCGGCUUCGAAUUCGAUCAAUUGGAAAACAUCAACGAACUGUAUUUGGACCACAACGAUAUCGGCUACGUCGGCAACAAUACGUUCAGGAAUCUGCACAAACUCGCCGUGCUGAAAUUGGACGAGAACAAAAUCGUCGAUUUCGUCCCGUGGGAGCUACGCGACGAUUCGCCCGCCGCCGACCGGCCGCGUGUUACCGUCGACGGCAACAGGUGGUCCUGCGAUUGCACGACGCUCAACCGGCUGGUGGCGUGGAUUCGCGAGACGGGCGGCGAUCCCGCCAAAAUGCUGUGCUCCGACGCCUCGGCGGCGACCGUCGCCGACGUCAUGCACCGCUGCGAGGACAUGGACAACGCCAUCGCGACGUCCGUCAUACAACGCGACGUCGUCAACAAUCACCAGCUCUUCGGCGGCGGCAGCUACGUGCCCCUUUUGGCGGCCACGUUGGUCGCCAUCAUCGUGGUCUGUUUGCUGGUCGCCAUCGUGUUCGUGUUCCGGCAGGAGGUGAGGCUGUGGGCGCACUCCAAGUACGGCGUCCGGAUUUUCCAAGACACCAGCGUCGAUAACGGCUUGGACGAUCGCGAUAAACUCUACGAUUGUUACAUGGUGUACAGUCAAACCGACGAAGAUCUGGUCAGCGGGGUGGCCGCUUCCCUCGAGGAAUUGGGACACACAAUGUGUCUACACUAUAGAGACCUUCACUUAGUCGGCGGAGCCUCCUAUUUGGCGGACGCCAUGGUGGGCGCAGCGGACGCCUCCAAGCGCAUCGUCUUCGUCGUCUCGCCGCUGCUCAUCCACAACGAAUGGUCGCGACCGGAAUUCCGGGCAGCGCUGCAAGCCGCCCUGCAGACCACCUACCGCCAGAAGCUGAUCUGCGUCCUGCGCGGCGAUCCCCUCGAGCCCAUGGACCCGGAGCUGCGGGCGCUGCUGAGGGCGUGCGCCGUCGCCCGCUGGGGCGAGCGGCGGUUCUGGGAGAAGCUGCGGUACGCCAUGCCCGACGUGACCGGCAACUCGACGGGCCGAAGGGGCAAGAAGCCGCCGGAGAUCAAGUGCAAGCCGCCGGCGCGGUACACGCCGGCGCCGUCGGUGCACGAUUCGUGGUACAAGUACCAGCCGAUGCCGGGCGUGCACGCCGUCGUCUCGACGCCGACGCCGACGCAGAGCACGUACGUGUCGGGCGAGAGCGCCAGGAGUACCGAGGACGAGGCCGGGUCGAGCUCGAGCAGCCAGCAUUACGGGUCGGACCAGUUGAAUCACAGUUACGUGUCCAUUGAUGGUCGACCGCCUAUUUAUAGUCAAUAUCCACCGUGCAGGAAUGAAUUGCCUCAUCACGUGUAUUCUACCAUACCGGACGCUCCGCCUCAAUCCAGGACUUACUUCGUUUAGGGUAAAUAUAGACGAUUUUAGGAGGGCUCUGAUGGUUUGUUGAUUAAAAUUUAUUUGUUAUAUCUAUUAAUGGACUGGUUGGAGCUCUCGCAUUUAACAAGGCUGUUUUUACUUAUCGUAUUCGCGUAAAAUUCUAUUCGAAUAAAUAAUUUAUUUACCUAUUCAAGCAUUUUCGAGUGUUGUCGAUUACUAUGUAAUAUAGUAUUUUAUUGUAUAUAUGAUAUAUA